GGUGAUCGAUUCUCCGUCAAUCAUUGUACGACUCGCAGUGUGAUCGAUAGUAUUGUUUUAGUGCGGGUGCCACGGUAUUUGGUAUUUCUCGAUCGUUGUCGGACAUCGCAGUGCGCCGGGGCGAUAUGGAUCACGAAUCACGGGUCUUUGGACUGUCGACAACGCCGAUGACAAUAGUUGGAUCCUGAGGUUGAGUGCUGAUUUGUGAAGUGACAUGAGUGUUAUUCGCGUAUGAUAAUAAUUCGCGAAGACACUGUAGUCGAUUUGGUGAAGGACGAGAUGCACACGUAAGGGCUCCUCCCUCGAUUAUCCUCGAAGUUUUACGGAGGAAUUCACACUUCUCCUUCCUUCUAUGUUUAGUGUGAUAUCGGGAGUGUCGCGAGGGGAGUAACGGCAGAGAGAAAGAGAGAGAGAAGAGAGGACGAGGGUGAACGCGCGUUAGAGGUGGAAGGAAGAGAGAACCCGAGCCACAGCGGACGCCAUCUCCGCGUUAUCGGCAAGCGGAUCCCUCGGGACUCCCCCCCGAGCAACAUCGGCGUCGCGCACCUUCGGCGGGAACUACCCCGCGACAGCGGCCACCCUGAUGGGAGUGUAUGAGGAGCGCGCCCCUCCUACCACCGGCAUGCACUGGCCGCCUAGCACGCAGGAGCGUGGCAGCGGCUUGGCUGUGGGGCGCCAAGGGGGACCCGGAAACGCGGGGGGACCCGGUGCGGUGGACCAGGCGCGAGAUCUGAGCCCCUGCCUGCCCGCGUCGAUGGGCGAUGCCGCGCGACCGACCACUCUACCGUGCAGCCCUCCCGCCGCCCAUCAUCACGGGCCCCUGCAUCAGACCCAUUGCGGUACAAACAACAACUGUUACGACAGCUCGACCACCCCUUACGAGUCGCGGGACUACGAUUCUCCCGGAGCGGGCAGACAAGAGUACAGAGGUGGUAACUUUGAGAACGCGAGUGACCUGAGCAUGCCAUCGCAGACCGCGCACCACCACCACCAUCAUCAUCACCACCAUCAUCCCCAUCUGCAGACGCAGGAGCAACAAACCACGACGGAGCACUUACAUGCUGUUCCCAAGCUCGAGCCGCCGCCCACGCCGCCCGCGCAAUCCGAGGACGUUCCCGGGGUAGUCUGUGCGGGAUGUGGCCUCAGAAUAUCCGACAGGUUCUAUCUUCAGGCGGUCGACAGGCGGUGGCACGCCGCGUGUCUCCAGUGCUCGCACUGUCGUCAGGGUCUCGACGGAGAGAUCACGUGCUUCAGUCGUGACGGGAACAUCUAUUGCAAGAAGGAUUAUUAUCGGAUGUUCGGCAGCAUGAAGCGGUGCGCACGCUGCCAGGCCGCGAUCCUGGCCUCCGAGUUGGUGAUGCGCGCGCGCGAGCUCGUCUUCCACGUGCGCUGCUUCUCGUGCGCGGCGUGCGCGGUGCCCUUGACGAAGGGCGACCACUUCGGCAUGCGGGAUGGCGCCGUCCUUUGCCGGCUGCACUACGAGAUGGGCGCCGAACUGCAUCCGGCUCAGAGCCCGCCGGUGCCGGUCUACCCGCCCGGGCCGCACUAUCCCGGCCAGCCCUUCCCCUCGCCCGAGUUCCUCCACCAUCAUCCCCAUCAUCAUCAUCAUCAUCAUCACCACGCGCCGCCGCACCCGCAUCACUCGAUGCAUCCCCAACACCCGCACGUUAGCCCGGUGUCGCUGCAGCCCUCCACGCCCGCGGUGCCCGAUGCGUCCUCGCCUCCCAAGGUGCCCUACUUUAACGGCGCCGCCGCCGUAGUCCCGCCGCCCAGGCAGAAGGGUAGGCCCAGGAAAAGGAAGCCUAAGGAUCUGGAGGCCAUGACCGCGAGCCUCGAUUUAAAUGCGGAUUAUAUAGACAUGCCCUUUGGUAGAGGAGGUCCUGGGACACCAGGUAUACCCGGCUCCAACAGCAGAACGAAGCGUAUGAGAACGAGUUUCAAGCAUCACCAGUUAAGGACGAUGAAGAGCUACUUCGCGAUCAAUCACAAUCCCGACGCGAAGGAUCUCAAGCAGCUUUCUCAGAAAACUGGCCUGCCGAAAAGGGUGUUGCAGGUCUGGUUCCAGAAUGCGCGAGCGAAAUGGCGACGUAUGGUGCUGAAACAAGAGGGCAAGUCGGACAAGUGCGACGGCGGGGUGGACGGCGGCAGCCUCGGCGACCUUGAGCUCUACGGGAACAGCGCCGGAAGUGGCGGGCCACCGAUGAGCCCGCCUUUCAUGCUCGGCGGCCCUCAUAGCCCCGCGUCCCUAGCGUCUCUGGACUGCGCGUGAUCCUCGAGGUCCAGGUUCGUCCUCCCUAACUAACGUCACGUCCUUGUCCCGCGAUACAACGUCGUUCGCGGCGAUUCCGGGAUGUUAUCGCGGACGGUUUCUUGCGCGAGCGAUUUCGCUCGCGAAAGCAGCGACGGAUUGUAUUACUAAUCGGCGAAUUAGCUGUAAAAAAGGAUAACUUUUUUUGCGAUGUCCAGCGGUUCGAACGGAAAUUGGGAUGAUUAGCGAAGAAUCGAUCGAGGACUGCGCUUCUCGAAAGCGCCGACUUAUCUCGAUUGAAUCCGAGUUUCUUCGGUGGCAAACCGAUAGAAAUACUCAAUUUUUCCUCGCGUCAUCUUGUCGAGAAGCUCGCAUAUCGGUUCGAACGGCUGAUCGAGACGACGUGAAACCGACGGACGUGUGGGCAUGUUGACACAUUCGUGUGGAUCCGUUUAAUUGAUAAAAUCGUUGUAUUUAUUGUAGCUCGAAUUGUGACGCUUCGUCGCAGAACACUAAAGUCGUUCAUUGAAGGCAAUGUAAUUAGUAACGAGAUCUAUUUAUUCGUCUAAGUGUAAUUAAGGGUCGCAAACACAUUACCAGUGCUGUGUGAAAAUCCAGCGUUUCGGGAGUUCUCGAAGAAUUGUCGACUGCUGACAUUUUUCAGCAGAACCUCACUUGUUAAUAUUUUUCGAAUGCAAUCGAUUAUUAUUGGAAUGUCGACGAAUCAAUUUGUUGGUUGCAUAUAUUGAAGUUAUCAGCAUUAUUUAUAUCAUAAUUUUUCCAACAGCAUGUAUAUAUAUUUUUUUCAUUUUCGCUGCAGAGAUAUUUUCGACAAAUUUGAUUACUGUUGAUCGAUCGAGAACUAAUGAAAUUUAUAUUCUGUUUUUACGCUGUCUUUAUUUUUUCUCGAAAAAGACAAAUAAUAGCUCAGAGAUUAACCAACACUUCGUCGAAUGCGCGAGAGUGAAACGCUGGAUUUUGACGAGAUAAUAUUAAUUAUUUAUAAAACACGAGCUGCGAGAGCGCGUUAUCGUAAUUGUAUAUUAUUGCUCAAGAGACGGCGAGACAGAUCCCCGAGAUUAAUCCACGGUUCGACACUGUUACUGUAAAUAAAGGAUGUUCCUCCUCGUAUGUGUAUAUA